UUUUGGGCGACAGUCAAGUCACGAGCGCUAUUCUGAAGCGACGCUUGUGCAACCCGAACACCGAACCGAACCCAACCGAACAACGAACACAACAACAGCCGCUUAAAAGCUCUAUUGAAGUACGUGUGUGUAUUUGUGUGUGAGUGUGGAUCGCGUUGCUGCCCCUACGGCUGGUAACUGUAAAAAAGCUCGCGAUAUUUCACCACAGCGCCCAACUGCUGCAGAUCGACACCAAAAAAAGAGUCGACGUCGCUGCCGCUGCCGCUGUCGCCGCUUUGCCCGCCGCGUGUAAUAAAAGAAGCAAUUUUGAGUUGGUUUUGGGGCUUUGGCGUCAGCUUCGAGAAAUUGUGCGCGACAACGUUGCAAACAGUGUAAAUGGAGCUUUGAUAGCGAACGGAAGGACAAACCUGCUGCUGCUGCUAUUGCUGCUCUUGCUGAUCUCAACUCGAGUGUUUUUAGUGAUACAUACAAAAAAAAACAACCAAGACUUCAAGAUAAAGAUCACGAUAAAUAGCUGAUCAGAAAUAAAAAGAAACUGUGCGUGUAUAAUUAUUGUUAGACCUCGUUCAAAAUGGCAAAACUUUUCGUAGUUUUUGCCGUUUUGGCUUUGGCGGCCAUUGGUGCAGCCGAUGCCGCUGAGGCGCGUGUCAAGCGUCAGGCCACCACCGAAGAGCCCAAGAAGGAAGAGUCCUUCGAGAAGGAGCUGUGCAAAGACAAAGAUGCCGGCGAAUGGUUCCGUUUGGUAGCCGGCGAGGGCGACAACUGUCGCGAUGUCAUUCAGUGUACCUCAUCGGGUCUGCAAGCCAUUCGUUGUCCGGCUGGUUUGUACUUCGAUAUUGAGAAGCAGACCUGUGACUGGAAAGAGUCCGUGAAGAACUGCAAGAGCAAGAACAAGGAGCGUCGUGUGAAGCCUUUGCUGCACACAGACGAGCCUCUGUGCCAGGAUGGUUUCCUUGCCUGCGGUGAUGGCAACUGCAUUGAGCGCGGUCUCUUCUGCAACGGCGAGAAGGAUUGCUCAGAUGGCUCCGAUGAAAACACUUGCGACAUCGACAACGAUCCCAAUCGUGCUCCUCCCUGCGACCCCGUGGUUUGUGUGCUGCCAGAUUGCUUCUGCUCGGAGGAUGGUACCUCCAUUCCCGGCGAUCUGCCCGCCAAGGAUGUGCCCAUGAUGAUCACCAUCACCUUCGAUGAUGCCAUCAACAACAACAACAUCGAGCUGUACAAGGAGAUCUUCAAGGGACGCAAGAAUCCCAACGGCUGCGACAUCAAGGCCACCUACUUCAUCUCCCACAAAUACACCAACUACUCCGCCGUGCAGGAGACUUCGCGCAAGGGACACGAGAUCGCCGUCCACUCGAUCACGCACAACGAUGAGGAGCGAUUCUGGUCGAACGCCACCGUCGAUGACUGGGCUAAGGAGAUGGCUGGCAUGAGGAUUAUCAUUGAGAAGUAUGCAAACAUCACCGACAACUCUGUGGUGGGAGUGCGUGCUCCUUACCUGCGUGUGGGUGGCAACAAUCAGUUCACCAUGAUGGAGGAGCAGGCCUUCCUCUACGACUCGACCAUUACCGCUCCACUCUCGAAUCCUCCACUGUGGCCCUACACCAUGUACUUCCGCAUGCCACAUCGUUGUCACGGCAACCUGCAGAGCUGCCCCACGAGAUCGCAUGCCGUGUGGGAGAUGGUCAUGAAUGAGCUGGAUCGUCGUGAGGAUCCCGCCAACGAUGAAUAUCUGCCCGGCUGUGCUAUGGUUGAUUCCUGCUCGAACAUUUUGACUGGUGAUCAGUUCUACAACUUCUUGAAUCACAAUUUCGAUCGCCAUUACGAUCAGAAUCGUGCCCCAUUGGGUCUGUACUUCCAUGCCGCUUGGCUGAAGAACAAUCCCGAGUUCCUCGAUGCCUUCCUCUACUGGAUCGAUGAGAUCCUGGCCAAUCACAAUGAUGUGUACUUCGUCACCAUGACCCAGGUGAUACAGUGGAUGCAGAAUCCACGCACCAUCAGCGAGGUUAAGAACUUCGAGCCCUGGAGGGAGAAGUGCGUCGUUGAGGGCAAGCCUGCCUGCUGGGUGCCCAACACCUGCAAGCUGACAUCCAAGGAGGUUCCCGGGGAGACCAUCAAUCUGCAGACCUGCGUCCGAUGCCCCAACAACUACCCAUGGGUCAACGAUCCCACUGGCGAUGGUUUCUUCUAAGUCAGUCUGAGAAAUUAAGCGAGAAAGAGAGAGAGCGAGCAAGUGAGAAAGUAGAGAGAACGAAAGAGAGAGAGAGCGUUAGCAUCCAAGCAGCCCCAAUCCAAAUUCCUACAGUCACCUAAAGUACUCAACGUUUUUAUAAUUGUUUCAAUUUAAUCAAGACUUUUUACAUUUAUACUCUUAUUUUUUUGACUGCGCCGCGUUUUCAAACGCUACCAAAAAAUGCGCCUUGGCUAAGUCUCUGCUGUGUUACGUUAUUAAAAAAAAAAUGAAAACAAAAACAAAACAAAAAGAAAAAUCAUAAACAAAAA